AUGGCUGAGUCUUUAAGUGAAGUGUCCAGCAGCAUGGAAGGUUUGGAAGAUGAGGGAAAGAAGAAAUCCAAGUUUAAAGCCUUUAAGAGCUUUUUUGGCAAGAAGAAGAAGAAAGAGCCGGAAGAUGUCCAGGAAGGGAACGUGGUAAAGCCAAGGCUUUCUAGUAGCAGUCUGAAGCCAGUUACGGAAAUCAAAGUGCACAAGCCUAAGAGUAGCUUGGGAACCAAGUCCAUAUCCCAUGACAGUGUCUUCUGUUUGGAAUCUGAGCCUGAGAAACGGGCAAGCAAACUGCCCUUGUCUCAAGAGCCCCAGAGAAGCAGACCACAGGAGAUCCCACCAGUGCACUCACGGAGACUCAGUGUCUCUUCCAGUGUUACCCAAGCUAAGAAAGACUCAAAGGACUUGGAAAAAAACUUUGCCAGAGACGAGAAAUCCAAGAUCUCCCCAAAGAAGUUUCCAGCAGACCGUUCAGCAACAUGGAGCAAGAGCGGCUUGGAAUUGUUCUCGGAGCUUGAUCUCUCGCAGUCUUCUCAAAGCAGCGCUCAGCUGCUCUCAGGGUUCAGCACCCCAGCCACCUCACAAGGCUGCUUGGAUUCUUCCGCUGCUAAAUACAAGAUAGCUUUAAAUCCCCGGAAACAGAAGAGGAAGAAGACAGCUUCCUCUUCUGCCAAAGCAAAGCAGGAAGAGCAGCCUGCGUCACUGGUGACUAAAGAAAAGGCCACAACCAAGACAAAACACGCCGACCGGAAGGAGCACAAAAGGGACAGCACAGGGCCUACAAUCCAGGAGCAGAGUUACAAACCUGACUCUCAGGAUAAGAAGAAGACAAGACAUCAGUCUCUAAGUACUGAUGCUGCCUCGAGCACAGGCCACUCGGUUUCAGGAUCCCAUCCAAGAAGACGCAGAAGAAGAGUCAAAAACGAGUUGGGUUUAGUAGAGAAAGACCUUCUAAAAUCCACGAAAGAACAUGACCUGGCUGGGAAAGCUGGCUCCUCACCUACUGAAGAUUUGCCUGGUAAGGAGCACUCUUUCUUGAAGCUUUGUCUGGAGAAGCAAAGCACAGAGCAGAACCCAACUGCACAAGCAGCGGUUACUACUCCUCAGAAGAUGCCUUCCAAUAAAGGGAAUGUGAAGGGGAAAAUGGCUACCGUAGAUGUUGAAGCCCAAAGAACACCAGCACCACAGCCUACACCUACACAAGUGGCAGAAUUCACAGUGAGCAGUCCACUACUCAGCCGUGAAGAAGGGUUUUCUGAAGGCAAGAAGAAAAAGGAGAAAGCCAGUUCACGGAUAAGACAAGCAUCCACAAGCCAAGAAGAGGCCACUGUCUCGAGGACAGUGGAGGCCCAAGCGUGUGCGUAUCCUUCUCAAGUCCAUGGAGAAGAGGGAGAAGCAUCCAGCCUUGUUUUGCAGAAGUUUCUACCAAGAAAGGAAUUAUCCUUGGAGAGCACAACUUACCCCAAAGGGAGGCAUCCCAGAGGUGGCCUUCGGGCCUUUUCAGCAAGUGUUUCAAGCACUACCGCAGGAGAUGAUGUUUCUAUGCCCAUGUCGCCUCUUCCCCUCAGGAGGUGGCCACCUGCAGGGGAAAUCUCCACCGAUUCAUACAGUAGUUCAGAGUAUGAGAGUAGUUCUGAAGUGCAACUGGGCUCCGCGCAUUCUUUCCAGCUUCUAUGGAGCCCUCAAGAUGACGAUGUCUUCCUGAAAGCAGGAAGUGCAGAUGCAGAACUGAGCAAGACGGGGUGGCAGCAGCCUCUCAGAAAGGCCAAAGCUAGAGAAGUCUCCUCAGAAUCAGACAGUUCCUUAGACGAUCAGAGAAGCUGCGAGAUGACAUCUGCCCAGUCCUUCCAGUCCUUGGACGAGUUUGAAGGAUGCUCAGAAUCAGCAAGUUUUAUCAUCGAUUCUGUCUCUGAAGAGAAGUUGGCUUCCAGGAGAUAUUCCCAGGCCUUGCUGGAGUCUGAAGAAAAUGAAGUCUCCACAGAGUCAAGCAGUUACUUUGAGAAGUAUCACAGUUCUGAGGAUAUGAGCAGCUCGGAGGAAGAACAGCCUCCUGAACCUUUCAAGCAGGCCCUGGGUCAGUCCAGAGACCAGCAAGAAGUGUCCCCAGUUUCGAAGAGUAUCCCAAAAGAGUGGAGUGGUUCUGCCAAGCCAGUGCACCCCGUACACACUUCUCCACCCAUUGUGAGCCCUGAUACUCAGCAGCACCUCCCCAUUUUGGGGAACGUUUCUGCAGCACAAAGCAGACCCGUGGAGUUACUACCUCCCGGCCACACUGUCAGGUUAUGGAUGAGCCCUCAGUCUGAGCAUCAAGUGUUUGCAGAGGACACUGCUGCUGACUGGGACAUUUUUAUGCAGCCACCAUCCAGACCAGUGCUUGAGCAAGAUAUUUCUGCAGGCCCAGAGCUUGGCAUUUUUGAACAAUGUGUUGCUGCACAGUCUCCCAGAUACCCUUCUCAGCCUUCAGUGGGACCAACCAUCAAGAAAGAAGUUUCACUGGGUGCAGAAAGUGCUGCAUUUGAGGGAAGUCAUUUUAUGGAGCCCCUGCUUCCUCAGCAUCUUCCUCAACCCCUGUUGAAACCCUUCACCCAGCACCAGGCUUCGACUUUUGAAAGAGGUGUUCCUAUGGAUUCAAGGCUUCUGGCACAAUCUUUCCAUCCAUGGCUGAAGCCUCAAGGGAAGCAAUCAUUUUCCGGUUCAGAGAGCACAGCUUUCGAAGGGAACUCUUCUAUGGAGCAUGCGUCCCUUUCCCUUUCCCAGCCUAUGAAGCAGCCUUAUCAAAAUGUGCCUUUAGAAUCCGAGGCUGUCGCUGCUCAGGUCAUUGCCAUGGGCCCACUGCACACCAAAUAUUCUACUCAUUCCUUACUAACUCCUCAAAGUCAACCAGUCGCAGAAAGUACCUCAGUAGAAGGUGCCUCUUUGAUGGAGCUAUUGCCUCCUCAACCCUCAGUAAAGUCCAAAUUCCAACCACAGAUGACCCGUGGCAACGUUCCUGCUGCAUGGGCCAUUCCUAUUCAUCCACCAGCUCCCAAAAUGCCUUCUCAGCCCUUGAUGGGAUCAGGAAUCCCACAGUCAGCCUCCACAGGAUCCAUGAACACAUCUAUACAACAAGUCACUGUAGAGCCAUUGUCUCCUAGAAACCCUUUGCAGCCAUGGCCAACUUCUCCAUUUGAACAAAUCUCUGCGCCCCCAGACAAGGCUGCAAAGGCAGCAUGGAGCUUUCCUGUUGAUCCACCAGCUCCCAGAGAGCUUUCUCAGCCCUUGAUGGGAUCAAUAGUCCAACAGCCAGUCUCCACAGAGUUAGUGGCUAUUUCUGUACCACAGAGCGGCUCUGUGGAGCUCAUGCCUUCUAGAUUCUCUUUCCAGUCAAGAGUAGAUCCGGAGACUUAUGCAGCAGAUGAGAAAGUUUCUCCAAUUAUGAAGCCUGGAAGACAUCAACUUCCAAGGAGCACAGAAUUCAAGGAAGAAGUUUCCUCAGAUUUAUUGGGAGCUUCUGGAGAAUGGGGCAUUCCUAUUGAGCCAAUGCCUUCAAAAUAUGGACCUCAUCCAUGGUUGGGUUCUGAGUCUGAGCGCCAAGCCUCAAGUCUAGAAGGUUUUGCCAAAGAGGGGGACAUUUAUAAGGAGGCAUGGAUUCCCAGAAAUCCUUCCCAAAGCAUUACAAAACUUCAAGUCCAGAAGACUCCCUCAACGUGCGAGAGUCCCUCUUUUGAGGGAGGCAUUUCCUGGAAGCCACCGCCUCCCAAAGUUGCCACCCCGUUCUUAAUGAGUUCUAAAGUUAAGGACAUGCCCUACAGUCUGGAGAGUGCUGAUGAUCAAGACAGCUCUAAGAAACAACAGGGUAGAAGUGCUCCUUCCCAGUCCUUUGUGAAAUUUAUGGCAGAUCAAAUCUUCUCAGAGAGUACUGCUGGGGAGACGGCCAUUUAUGGAAAACCUGUGCUUCAGAAUCGAAGCCGUCCUUCCAGAUCUUUGGUGAAGCCUAAACUGGAGGAGCAAGUGUUCUUACAGAACUGGGAUGAUGAGCCUAAGGAAGACACCACUUUGAAGAAGCUGCCCCUGAAGCAGCCUCCGCAGUCGCCCAGAAGACCGAAAGAGUCCCAGGAAGUUGUGUCAUAUUCUAAGGGCGCCCCUGGGAAGUGGAGCAGCUCAGCAGUGGACAGUUCUCAGUCCCUGGGAAAGCUUGAAUACAGGCAGAAAGUCUCCGUUUCUGUGAGUUUUCCCGAAGAGUGGAAGAGGUCCGAAGUCCAACCGCCUUCCACACAGCCUUCUCAAGGCUUCGAUGUAGCUAGGUCGCAGCCACCGGUUUUAUCAAAAGCUCCUGCAAAUGUUCCUGUGGAGUGGCGCAGUUCUGAGGGGCAUCGGCCUCCCGGUCAGUCUGCUCAGGCUUUAGUGAUCUCUGACUAUCAGCAACAAGUUUACUUAAGUUCUUCCAAUGCUGCCACGGAAGGAUCCACUUCUAGGAAGAAUACUGGCAGCUGGUCCAUGCCAAAAGGCCCAGAUUCUACAAAGAAAACCAUGAAAGACACACAAGGCUAUGGGGACUUCAUUAAAAGCGCCCCAACUUCCGUUACCAAACCUGGCAAGUUCACUUGGGUUCCUGCCCAGAAAGCAUUUGCUUCAACUGGCGCUUACUCUAAGGAGGAAGUUCCUCAGCGCCGUGACGAAAAAGAGCGUUCUUCGUUUCUUUCCACCAGCAAGUCUGAUGUAGAAAAUGUUUUUGGAGUGCGACUGCGGAAAAUCUCCCAGAGGAGUGGGAUCCCAGAGCCUAUCGCGCCAGUUGUCCCAGCAGGCAAAGAACAGACGAACAAAGGAACUCCCCAGGGCUUCAGCGGAGGCCAUGAGAAGUCCAGCCAAGCACUUAGCUGUGCACAAAAGCAAGGAAGCAGGCCCAGAUAUGAAGGCAUUUUCAAGAAGCCAACAGUUUUCCGACCUCCAGAAAAGACCUCUAGUUUGAAGUCAGAUUACACUACAGAACCAUCUUGGAUCAGUGUGGCAAAACAGAGGCAAAAGAGCUUUGCCUCCCACUUCCCUAAAAAACCCCGGACCAGAGCUGAAAUUAGGGCUGAGACCAAGGAGCAAAAAUAUCAGUCAAAAUAUGAUCCAGGCAUGGAGAGUUCACGGAAGGAACCAGAACCCUCAACUGAUAUCCCCUCAAGAAUGACUUUUUAUUCCACUGUUCCCAGAGAGGAGUCGUCAAGGCUAUCUAAGUUUACAAAAUCAGUUGUGUUUGAUGAUCAGAACAAGCUUCACCCAUAUACCAGGGAGAGAAACACCAGACGCUCUUCAAGUGUGCCACCCAAAGUUUCACCACCCAAGGAGCCUGUGUGGUUCUCAAUGGCCAAGAAGAAAGCCCAAGCAUGGAGCCAAAUGGCAGAUAUCAUGCAAUGAAUAGCUCCUGGAUGGAGCCUCAGCAUUUUCAGUAGUAAUUGCCAGUAGCUGUGGUAAUUCCAUACAACAGUUUUUCUAGAGCUAGUUUUUAUUAAGGAAAAUAACUUUAGAAAUAGCAAUUAACAUUUUGAAUUAUACUACUAAUGUCUAACCCUCAGAAAGUCACUACCAAUAUCCCCAAACCCAGCAUGUUCUCCAGAAAAGUUUUGCGAAAUCAUUAACUUCAGACAUUGUGCCUUAGAAGAAAGAAAACAACCACAUUUUGCUUCAAACUCUCUCCUUUUAUCUUUAUACUCCAGGAUCCAAGCCUAGGGAAUGGUAUCGUCUAUGGCAGAUGGGUUUCCUCCACCUUAAUUAACCUUUCCAUUGUCAAAUUCUACACAUUUAUUCUAUCUCUCAAGUCCAGAACACAUUAUGAGAGAUCUACAUUUAAAUGCCUUAACAGUAAAUCUAGCUCCUUUUCCCUAGAUCCAAAGGACAUCUACUUCUGUCAUGUACUUGCUUUGCUUAAGCAGACAUGCAUCUUGAACAUCUAUGUUGGAUGCUUCCCCAUUCAAAACCAUGUCUAGAAAGGCAAUGAGAGUCUAUGGCUAACUUAAAUUACUGGCGCUGGGUUUUGCCGAUGAUGCUAUAAUGUCACACUGUACAACAUGCUGAAUUUUUUCAUUUAAUCUAUAAGACAUCUCCUUAUUUUGGUCCUCUAGCUUUGCCUUUUGAUAAUGUUAAGUUUUUGAUUGUUUGGAUUUCAUUCCAUUUUUUUCUAUAGUGAAUAGUUUGUUUAAACUAAGGCUCUUAACAUAGGUAAUCACAGUAUAUUAGUUCUAACACUUCCCUUCCCCAGUUUUUCCCAUGUAGUCAUUGCAUCGUUCUCACUAUGAGAACUCCCCAUUAAUGAUAUCUCUCCAAUUACUAACAAGUCUCAAUUUUUAAUCAUAAGCUUAAGGUUUUUCAUUGCCUAGGAAUGUAUUCUGAUAGGUUUGUUUCUUUUAACUUUCUUAUUUUUCGAUUAACACAAAGCAAAUAAAUUCAA